AUGCUCUCGCCAUAUGGACGAGCACAGACGACGAACAAGGUCAUGCUGGAGCGGUGGAAUGUCUCGCAUGCCGACGAUGAGUGGGAGCUGACGGAUGAGCUGGGCCAAGAGUGCUGGUGCCGGCGGUGCAACAAUCCCAAGGAGCGUGAGCGGCUGGACCGGUACCUGCGGACGUCGACGACGGGCAAGAUCAUGGAAAUGACUCAGAUUGUGCUCUCGAUUCUUUCGGUGGUGCUCUACAUUGCGGCCACGUACUUUGACAGCGAGCCGACGUGGGUGACUGUCUUUGAGAUUCUCCUCGCACUCUUCUUCACUUAUGACUAUGUGGUGCACUUUUUGGCAGCGCGCAAUCGCAUCCGGUACGUCUUGUCGCCGAUGCCGAUGAUCGACGUCAUCACGGUGGUUCCGAUGUACUUGCGAAUGCUGCUGGCCAAAGAGACGGUCAAUGUGGGCUUCUUCCGGGUCUACCGCAUUUUCCGUGUCCUCCGUGUCCUCCGGUCGUACCGGCUGGUGAUGUUGCGGACCAAUUCGAUCGAGCGCGAGGUGACAACGCUUGCGUUUGUGGUUGUGGCGCUGCUGUUUGUCUCUGCGGGUAUGUUCCAGAUUGUGGAGGCGCUGCACAUUGGCGACGACCCGACGCAGGACAUUGCGUUCCACGACUCGUUGUACUUUAUGGUAGUCACGUUCUCGACGGUAGGCUUUGGCGACAUCUCACCAAAGACGCGGAUCGGGCGGAUUUUGACCAUGAUGCUCAUUGCGGUGACGGUCAUUCUUGUGCCGCUGCAGACCUCUCGACUGAUCAAUCUCAUCCAAGCUUCUAAGCCGUGGGACCGGUCGGUCAAGAAGCACAAGGUCAAGCACAUUGUGGUGUGCGGGUCGUUCCAGGUCACCAAGCUCCGCGACUUUCUGGACGAGCUCACCCAUCAAGACCACGAGUGGGCCAACCUGCACCCGUCGCCUACCAUGUCGUGGCUUCUCAUGUCACCAGCGUACAACAACCGGAUCGUGUAUCUCAAGGGCUCGCCGCUGGUGGAUGCGGAUCUACGGCGAGCGGCGCUCGACCACGCAUCGCACUGCUACAUCCUUGCGGACCAGCAGACCGGCUUUGACGUCCACGAGCAGGACAAGGCCACGAUUCUGCGGUGCAUGUCGGUGAAGGCGUACAACCCGGCGAUCAAGGCCUUUGCGCAAGUCCUCUCGCCGGUCAACAUUCCGCAUGUGCUUGCUUCGGGCGUUGAGGAGGCGGUGUGCCUCUCGGAUACCAAGACGCACUUGCUGGCCAAGUCGGUCGUCAUCCGCGGCCUGCCUGCGUUGGUGGGCAACCUGGCGCGGUCGACGGCGGCCGAGGCCGAGGAUCACGAUGAGCAGUGGCUUCGCGAGUAUGUGCACGGCGCCGGCAUGGAAAUCUACCGUAUUCAUCUGCCGCAGAGCAUGGCGGGGUUGAGCUUUGCACAAGCUGCGGCGUGCGUGUAUGCCAAGCUCGCUGCAUGCCUCUUUGCAGUAAGUGUGGCUGCGAGCGACGACAGUGGCGGACAGCGUAGCGAUUUUGGGCGCGAGCGUAAGAUUGCGCUUAACCCGGACUACACCAUCCGCGGACAUGAGGUGGCGUACAUUAUAUCGGAAGACGCGGUGGAUGCCAACGCUGUGCGUUCGUUUGAGGUCGAGGACGCCGACCGGGAGGUCUUGCUCCGCAAGCUGACGCAGCGAAAGAGCCCGUCGCGGGAGCCGCUCGCGCCGCCGAUCAUCGCUCGCACCUCGCCGGUCCGCCCGCCACCCCACGGUACGCCGGGGCUAUCGGCGGCAACUGUCGACGUUCGUCUCGACUCGGACGACUACGUCUACUCGGAUGACGGCGGGCAGCCGCCGGCCAUGGCCUCGGUCUCGAUGGUCAACGUCAUCAGGGCGUCGGACGAGGAGCAGGACGAGGAGCAGGACGGCGUUGUGGCAGACGCAAGCAACGAGGAAGAGGAGGAGGAGGAGGAGGAGCAGAGCGGGCUCGGGGCGAGCACGACGCUACUGCAGGAGACGAGUAACUCGCUGCCAGUGGGAACAGACUGCGUAUUUGCGGUGGAGACGGUGCCUACGACCGAGCAGGAUCUGGUGCUUGUAUGCGGGAUCUUUUCGCAGAUGCAGACGUUCCUGGCGACGCUUGAGGUGAUGUACUCGCCGGGCAAGCAGCGAGCAGUUGUGGUGCUCAAUGCGGAUCCGCCGCCGCAGGAGGAGUGGCUGAUGCUGGUGGCGGCAACGCGAUUCCGGAUGUACUACGUGCAGGGCUCGCCGCUGCAGCACUUCGACCUUGUACGAGCCGGGCUGAAGCGGGCGGUGGCGGUGCUUGUGCUCAACCAAAUGCUAGACCGGGUGCGAAACGAGGCGACAAAGCUUGCGGAUCCGUCGCUUGUUGACGCUGACUCCAUCCUAGCUCUGUUGACGCUCGAGGCUGCGUUGCUUGCGCCCGAGCCGACGAACCGGACGCUGGCGGCGGCACAGUUUUCGCAACGGCGGGAGAAUGGGUCUGCUGCAUCGAUGCUGCUCUCGACAACGAAUCUGCUGGACCUGGCGCUACCGGACGGGGCGUCAAACUCGCAGUCUGAGUCGUCUGCAGAGCACGUCCAUGUCAUCACAGAACUCAUCCACGAGACGAACCUCAAGUUCCUCUCGCCGAUCAUGUUUGAGGAAAAGUACCGCGACGACAUGUACCUGCUGCCAGCAUUUGCAGCCGGGCGAGUGUUCACGUCGGCGAUGGUGGACACGGCGUUCUCACAAACCUUUUAUAACGACGGCAUUCUGGAGAUUGUGUGGCUCCUCCUCGGCUCGCUCGUCGAUCCGAUUCCGGGCUUGCCUUCGAGCCAGCAUGCAGAGCUGCACCAGAUUCCUGUCCCGCGGCACCUCAUCCGAGCGUGCUACCUCGACCUCUUCCUUCACCUCACCCUCGAGCGCGGCAUCAUUCCACUGGGCCUCUACCGGUACCGGACCGAUGACGGGCGCAUCCACGGCUUCGUCUUUACCAACCCACCGCCGUCCGCCGAGCUCCUCCCUGACGAUCUGGUGUUUGUUCUGGCCCGCGACGUGCCGGACUCUGUGCGGUAUUGAAUGAACGAAUCUGAACAUA